UUUCCUUUGAAAAACCAGCGCGGUAGCGCCGGGAAAUUUUAGCCACGCCCACUUCCGGUGCCACACUUUCUUGAUUGGGGCACACCUACUCUGGUUACACCUACUGCUCAUUGUUUGUAAUGACUUUUUUUACAUGUUUGUGAGAAGCUAGCUAGACUGUCUAGCUAGUCUAGCUAGCUAUAGACAUUCUAAAAGGCAGGUGUCAAUUGUGUAUUGCUAGUCUAGCUGAGCACCAUUACAUUUACCUGAGAGGUUUCAUGUGGCUGAGAUUGUUCUAAACUUGUCCUUCCUGAAUAUCGAAUAAAGUUGUGAGUCUGAGAAUACUGGAGCAUGCAGGAUUGAUACUAGAACUUAGGUCUUGGUCUUCUUUGUUUGAGGUAGCUAGCUAGCUAGCUGAGACAAAGCUAGCCAAAGUGAAACGAUUCACGGUGCUACAUGAUUUGCAGCCACGUGCAUGAAAAGAUGGGCAGGGCUGCUUGAUUUCAAUUAUUGGGGAGCCCUGCCCAAUUUUCUCAGCAGCUCCUGGGGGGGUUUCUGGGCAACCAGGAAACAAUGGUAGCUACGCCCCUGGGAAGAGAGGAUAGAAAAGACUCCUGCUGACAUUUUCAACACAGUCUUUGGUGGGUGUGGUAAAUGCAAAGAAAAGUGGGCGUAAGCUUAUCUCUAUUUGGCAUCUGAGAUACACCCACUUUUCUUUGCAAGUCAACACCCAAUUUAAUUUAGAUUUUCAGACUCAGAGAGCUGCAAGGCACAGAUUUAUUUGCUGGAAUGGCCACUAAAGAGCAGAACCAAGAGCUCACAAUUGACGAUCUGAAGACAGAAAUGAAACUGACUGAUGAGCAGCUCAAUACAGCAAUAAAGGAACCAGAUCUACCUGAGUUAGCAGCAUGUUUCGAUAACACUGAUGAUUAUCUUGAAAAGCUGGAGCUAUCACCUGGACAGAAAACUGACGUAAGCGAAGUGAAGGCUAAAACACGUCUAAACCGCACUCAAGCCGGAAUGAAACUUGCCCUAGAAUACUGGCAGAACAAGAACCAACUACAAGCCACCUUCCAAGCUCUGCUACUCAUCAUACUCUCUCUGCUCAAUGGAGACGUUGCUGUUCGAGUGUGCAAGUACUUGUCUGACAAAUACUCCACCACCUCGUGUCCCCCCUCCCGAGAGAGGGUCCUGCUGAACCACAAGCUGUCCUUGUACAGGGACUACCUACAAAGUCGCUACAGAACACAAGUAUCCACAUCAGCCACACAAUGGCCUCCCAUCCCAACAAACAAAGUCUUCAAGCUGGCCAUGAUUCAGAAGGAGGAAAUUCAGAGAGGAAAAAUCAAUGAUGAAUUUUUUAGACUAUCAAUCACAGGAAAAAUCGACGAUAUUUUACUUCAAAAGACUCCAGUUAACUUGAUAAAUAUUUUCUCAGAGAUUAGAAAUAGACGAAACUUUGUGUUGAUUGAAGGAGCUCCAGGCUCUGGCAAAAGCACCCUUGCUCUACACAUCUGUCAGGAGUGGGCAAAAGGAAAACUGUUCCAAGAAUUCGAUAUUGCAAUCCUCGUGAGACUGAGAGAUCCCUCGUUAGAGAAGCAAAGAAAAUUGCUGACAUACUUCCCUGCAUUGAUACGGCCGUGGUUAAUGAGACAGAGGCAGUAAAAAAAUCACUGUAUGGCAAAGGUGUACUGUGGGUGCUAGACGGAUGGGACGAGCUUCCUUCUGACCUCCCUAGAGACUCCAUCAUCAACAAACUAAUCCGACCAGAUAUGUCACGAGAAAGUCCGCUACACGAAUCCGCCUUGAUUGUAACAUCUCGACCGUCAUCCUCGGCUGAGCUCCACCCACUAGUCUCGUCCAGGGUGGAGGUGUUGGGGUUCACUCCACAAAAACUAGAACAGUAUUUCACUGAGUGUUUGAAAGGUGACUCACAAGCUGUGCAGACUCUACUAGAAAGAAUUCGAGAGAACCCAGUGGUAUAGAAGGUAGCUGCUACCUCCCCCUCAAUGCGUCCAUUGUCGUUAAUUGCUUCCUUUCUGAUAACCACUCACUCCCAACAUCCAACCACGGGAUAUUCACAUCUGUUGUCCAGAGCACUCUCAAGAGAUACCUCCAGGAUAGGUUGGGGAAAACCACUUCAGUGGGAGACAUCACAUUUCCAGACUCACUGCCCUCAGAAAUCAAAACACCGUCCGUACAAAUGUGUCAACUUGCAUAUUAUGGGAUUGAAAAAGACAAAGUGACAUUUACUGACAAUGAUUUGGCCGAUCUUCGCAUUGCGAAGGAGAUUUCAAAAGUUGGAUUAUUACAAACUGUUCCCAGUAUCAUUAGCGAUGGUCAUCUGGUUUACUACUGCUUUCUCCACCUGUCUAUCCAAGAGUUACUAGCAGCAAUCCACAUCUCUCUCAUGUCUUCCCAGAGACAAAUUUCUGUAUUCCAGAAGCUGUUUGGUAAUCCUCGAUUCAGCGCAGUCUUCCAGUUUUAUGCUGGUGUCACCAAACUGAGAACUAGAAGACCAAUCCUCAGCAAGCUACCUCGAUUCUUGUGUCCAGUUCCAACAUCUGUUUUUGAUCUGGUCAGAAAGGUUGUCAAAAGUGAGAAUAAGAUAAAUGAUAAUGAUAUUUAUGUUAAGCCAAAACCUCUCUUGUUGUCCCUCAUCAAUUGUUUGUACGAAGCUGAAGACUCAUCACUUUGUGUGUUUAUGGCCACACUUCUUAAUCAUGAUCUAGAUCUUAAUUUCACUACAAUGAAUCCUAUUGACUGCCUCUCUGUUGGAUAUUUCGCAUCAGUUUGUUCCAACACCAGUAAUGGAUUCACACUUAGCCUCGAAAAUUGCUGUAUUGGUGACCAAGGCUGUAAAUUUCUGGCCCGAGGACUUUCCAAGUGUCCCUUCGAGAUUAGUCUUAAUCUUCAUUAUAAUGAUAUUCAUGAAGAUGGGAUACACCACAUCGCUGAGGUGAUCAAGAACACUAGUUCAAUAUCUUUGUCUUAUAAUGCCAUUGGCAAUAGUGGGCUUAGCACACUCUGUGAGGCCUUGUCAACUAAUAAAUCAUUGAAGUAUCUCAAUCUCUCCAACUGCUCACUAUCUCUCAACAAUCACGGAGCACUCCCUCGACUACUGAGCACAAACACUACUCUUAAAGACCUUUAUUUGUCACACAAUAUUAUUGGUAACACUGAACUGAGGUAUAUCUGUGAGGCCUUGUCAACUAACACAUCAUUAAAGAGACUGCACCUGACCAAUUGUUCACUAACAAUAUCAGAGGACAAUGGAGCUGCCCUCUAUCAACUUCUGAGUGCCCUCGAAUUUCUUUAUUUGUCUUAUAACACAGUGACUAGCUAUCGUCACAUUGCUGCUGGACUUGCAGUCAAUAAGACUCUGAAAACAUUGAACUUGAGUCGCUGUAAUCUGACUGAUCAGAGUAUCGAGGAGCUAUCAACUGGACUGAUUAACAAGAUUAAAACACUGUACAUUGAAGGUAAUGACUCAAUAACAGAAGAUGGAAUGAAGACACUUGCCAGACAUCUAACCACCCACUGCCCUGAACUGACACGAUUGUGGAUACCUUAUCACCUAAGAUCCUGUAUCGAGAUAGUAUUCAGGGACGCUAACAAAGAGAGAAAGAGAAAUGAACUGCCUGAGAUUUACGUGGCAAUCUGAUAUCGACCAUGAUUUUACUUGAUUUUAUUCUGCCAUAAUUAUUCAAUGACAAUUUAAAUUCUAUGUUGGCAUAUUACACAACCAUUACCUAAAACAAAUUAAAGGUUGUUAUAAUGCCGGGAUAGCACAACAGCAAUACUGUAUGUACAUUUUCAGUGAAUACAAUAAUAAUUAUAAUAAUAAUUAUUGUUGAUUAUAAUUAUCAUGUUUACAUAAAUACCGCAAUC